AUGGCAACAAGUGGUUCUAGUCAACCAAAUGACGAAAAUAAUCAACAAACUAUUCCCGGUGAUGAAGGGUUCUUUCGUCCUGGAUAUUAUGAUCAACAUCCGCCAGCGAAUGGUUCAACACCACGAAAAUCAUUUACGAUGGUUAUUCCACCACCAAAUGUUACUGGUUAUCUUCAUUUAGGUCAUGCUAUUAUGUGUACAAUUGAAGAUACACUUUCACGUUGGCAUCGGAUGUGUGGUGAUACUGUUCUUGGGGUCCCUGGAUGUGAUCAUGCUGGUAUAGCAACACAAGUUGUUGUUGAAAAGAAAAUUAUGCGUGAACAAUAA